CUGUGAACGAGAGGCUGUAAUACAAGGAAAAGUGGGGCUCGUCUUAUCCUUGUUGAGUAGAGGAGAGGUGAAAUAGAAAAUAUGGGAAUGAGGCGACCUCCGGAUUCAAACUCAACCUAUCAAAAAUACCUCAGAACUCAUUUUGAGGAGGAGAAGAAAAGAAGGUGAAGGGUAUGGCCAGGUUGGUGGUGGUGCAGCAGAAACAGCCUUCCUUCUCUCUCCUCCCAUCUUCUCUAUCUGACUUCAAUGGCGUUCGAUUGAGUAACAGCUCAAUUCAGCAGUUCAGUAAGAGGAAAGAAUGGCAAGCAAAGGGAGCAUUCCAGGUGAAGGCAUCAAGUGCCAAGAAAAUUCUAAUAAUGGGAGGAACUAGAUUUAUUGGCGUGUUCUUGUCGAGGCUCCUUGUCAAAGAAGGCCACCAGGUGACUUUGUUCACUAGGGGAAAAACACCCAUCACCCAGCAACUGCCCGGAGAAUCAGAUCAAGAUUACGCAGAUUUCUCUUCCAAGAUCUUGCAUUUGAAAGGAGACAGGAAGGACUUUGAGUUUGUGAAAACCAGCCUUGCAGCCGAAGGCUUCGAUGUCGUCUACGAUAUAAAUGGACGAGAGGCGGAUGAAGUAGAACCUAUACUGGACGGACUACCAAAGCUAGAACAGUACAUAUACUGCUCGUCAGCCGGUGUGUAUCUGAAAUCUGAUCUUUUACCCCACUUUGAGACUGACGCAGUUGAUCCAAAGAGUAGGCAUAAGGGAAAGCUUGAGACUGAGAGCUUGUUAGAUUCAAGGGGUGUCAAUUGGACUUCUAUUAGGCCAGUCUACAUUUAUGGCCCUUUGAACUACAACCCUGUGGAGGAAUGGUUUUUCCAUAGAUUGAAAGCAGGUCGGCCUGUUCCAAUUCCAAACUCUGGAGUUCAGAUAACACAACUUGGUCACGUUAAGGAUUUGGCGAGGGCCUUUGUUCAAGUUCUUGGCAAUGCAAAAGCAAGCAAACAAGUCUACAAUAUAUCUGGGGAGAAAUAUGUUACCUUUGAUGGAUUAGCUAGGGCAUGUGCUAAAGCCGCUGGAUUUCCUGAACCAGAGAUUGUCCACUAUAACCCCAAGGAGUUUGAUUUUGGUAAAAAGAAGGCUUUUCCAUUCCGUGACCAGCAUUUCUUUGCAUCAGUUGAGAAAGCUAAGACUGAGCUGGGGUGGAAGCCUGAAUUUGACCUAAUUGAAGGUCUUGCAGACUCCUACAACCUAGACUUUGGCAGGGGAACUUACAGGAAAGCAGCAGAUUUCUCCACAGAUGACAUGAUCCUUAAUAAGAGUCUUGUUCUCCAGAGCUAGAGCCUUUCUUUUAAUCCUUCACAACUUCAUUGCAAAAUUGGUUAGCUUAUCAGAUGCCUGUUCAGAACAAAUUGUUUAUGUAUCAUGUUUAUUGCAAAUGAAUGUUGAGUGCACAAAGAAAAGAAGUUGAAUCAUUCUCCA